AUAUUGUUCUUUUUAGAAUAAUCUUUUUCUAUGCAAAAUAUCCAUGUACCAUGCGGUCCAUGCAUUUGCUGAAAUCAUAUAACAUCUAUAAAUGCCACACACAAUACUUUGAAAUAACCCAUCAUCAUCUCAAUAAUUUUCUUAUCGAUCCCUACCAACUUUUUCUUUCUCAAUACUUUUCUCACUUCUUAAUAGCAAGUGAGGAAAAAAAAGAAAAAGCUGAAGUAAAGUUUUCAUCCUGCAACCAUGGCCGUGGAACUGACAUUCAAGUCAGUAGUAAGCUAUGGACUCCUUAGCUUGAUCUUUUACUGGUUUUACAAGGUCUUGGAUUGGGCAUGGCUGAAACCAAAAAGGUAUGAGAAAAUUUUAAGGUCUCAAGGUUUGAAAGGAAACCCUUACAGGCUUUUGACCGGAGACCAACAAGAAAGCGGAGCUAUCAUCAAGGAAGCCCUUUCCAAGCCCAUUGGCUUUGAAGAUGAUCUUAGCAAGCGCCUCAUUCCUCACAUCCGCAAAGCUGUUCAAACACAUGGGAAGAAUUCAUUUAUGUGGGUUGGAAGGAUUCCAAGGGUGCUUGUUACUGAUCCUGAUCUUGUAAGGGAAGUGUUGACCAAAUACUACAAGUUCCACAAGAAUCUUCAUGACCAUGAUCCCAUCACCAGAGUGUUGUUGACUGGAGUUGGCAUGUUGGAAGGCGAACCCUGGGCUGCUCGUAGGAAGAUCAUCAAAUCAGCUUUCUUUUUCGAGAAGUUAAAGAAUAUGCUGCCAGCAUUUUAUAUCAGCACAAUCGAGAUGAUUGACAAAUGGGACAAGACAAUCCCCGCGGGUGGUUCCGCCGAGGUUGAAGUUUGGGAGGAUUUGCGAGUCUUGUCUGGAGAUGUAACUGCAAGAACUCUAUUUGGGGAAGAGUUUAAGGAACUUGGUGGCAUAAUCUAUGAUCUUCUCCAAGAACUUAACUUGCUCACUAUGGAAGUCAUUCGUUCAGUCUACAUUCCAGGAUGGAGGUUUUUGCCAACAAAGAGGAACAACAGGAUGAGAGCAAUUGACAAAGAAAUCAGAGAGCGGGUUUUGGAAAUCAUCACCAAGAAAAAAAAGCAAAUCUUGUCAGGAGAACACACUGGAACAGAUUUCUUGAGUACACUCCUGGAAUGCAACCUGAAUGAGAUCAAGGAAUUUGGUAAAAAUGUCGAAAUGAGCCUUGAGGAGAUCAUUAAGGAAUGUAAGCUCUUCUUUUUGGCUGGCCAGGAUACUACGGCCAGUUUGGUCACCUGGACAUUGGUCUUCCUGUGUCGAUUCCCUGAAUGGCAGCGCCGUGCUAGAGAAGAAGUUUUGCAAAUCAUCGGAGACAAGAAACCAGACUACGAUGGCAUCAGCCACCUGAAGACUGUAAGUCUCGUCUCGCCUGGCUGACAUCUUACAGUGACUUUUCAUAGUGACUGAUGUAACAUUUUUCGCUAUCAUAUUAACCAAUUCCAUUUUGAAACAGCUGAACAUGAUUCUAUAUGAGACUCUAAGGUUGUACCCUCCAAUUGUGGAGCUCACCAAAGUGGCUCAGGAAGACACACAACUCGGAUCCUACUUCAUCCCGGCCGGGACACAUCUGAUGAUGCCACAAAUGUUGCUUCACUAUGACCCUAAAUACUGGGGAGAUGAUGUUCUUGAGUUUAAGCCACAGAGAUUUGCUGAGGGAGUUGUGAAUGCAACCAAAAUGCAAGGAGCUUACUUCCCAUUUAGCCUUGGACCAAGGAUGUGCAUUGGCCAAAACUUCAGUCUCAUGGAGUCCAAGAUGACACUCUCAUUGCUUCUGCGCCGUUACUCCUUUGAGCUCUCUCCAAACUACGUUCAUGCUCCUUUCCAGGUUAUCACAAUGCAGCCCCAGUAUGGUGCAAACUUAAUCGUCCACAAGCUUUAGAGAAUUUUUAAUGUUGUCAUAAUGAUAAAUGUGGAUUUUUACGUUUACCAUUUUAAUUGAUGUGUUUGGUGCUACUUUAUAUGAUGUGACCGUGUAGCAUUUGAGCACAAAAUAUGUCUGCUCAUGUCUCCACUAAUGUUGUUACUUGUGUAUUUGGAAUUCUGUGGUUAAUAAAUGGAGAAGUUCCCCAUUGUUGUCAAUAAUUAAGUUUCUU